CAGCUGGGAAUGAUGUCACACUCGAGUUGACGGUACACAAGUCGGAAAAGCCAACAUGGAGGCGUCCAGGGAGACCUUUGUUGUGCUUCCAGUUUCGCAAUACAAACAACUACAGAACAAAUAUGAAGUACAUCUAAAAAACAUAACGGAAGAAGAAAGGAGACGCAGAAGGAUACUGAUAUCCUCUGUGCUGCGAUCAACACAGCGACUGAUCCUGAAGAAUGAGACGGAGGGGGAACUCGGAGGAACCGCAACAACCACAACAAACCCGACUUCAGAAAGCAAAAUGGCUGCUCAGCGCCUCAACAUAUAUUUGGACAACAACGUGAACAUGUUCAUGGAUCCCCAGAGGAGCACUGCAUUCACCGGUCCCUUGUACCAGGCGGCAGCAGACCCCACCACAUACUACUUGAACGAGGACAUGACAGUCAUGAUAAACAUGGUUGAAGCAGAAGACUUGAACACCAUAAAAGAAAGCCACCAGGAGAACAGUGAUGCUGCAUCCGACACUUUGCCAUCACUCAUUCCAUUGCCAGCAAAUGAUGGCUUCAGCAAAGAGCAAACUUUGUUCAUGAUCAACCUUAUGCGGCAGCACAUAGAGAGAGAAGGUGAAGGUCUUCCUAAAACUCUGGAAGAGCUGAAUGCACGGCUUAAAUCUGCAAUGCGCAGUAAAAAACAUCUGUGGAGAGAUGCUGCAGAUAAACUGUCCAGCCAUUUCUUGCAGUCUUUCUGCCCUGACAAGGUGGCCAGGAAGUGGAAUACACUUGUAGAGGCCUACAAAAAAAUAAAAGAUAGCGAUAAACCUAGAGAGAAGGGGUCUAUCCGUUUCAAGUUUUAUGCGGAAAUGGAUGCCCUUCUGCAAGCGCAGAAUGAAGUGGUCUUUCCUGUCGUCGGCACAUCGGUUGGUCUAAAGGUGCGCAGACCUGAAGCAUUAGGACAAUGCAACAAUGACACUGCAUUGACACCGCCGACUUCCACAUCAACACCACCAACAUCCCCACCAACGCCGCCUCUUAAGCGUCAAAGAGUGGACUGUGAAUUGAUGCAGUUUUUGCAGGACUCAGAAGAAGCAUGUCAGCGGCGUCAUGAGGAGACUCUAGCACAACUGAGGUCUGCUCAGCUGGGUUUUGAGGCUCUGAUGACAAAGUUGCUGGACAAAUUGUAAUCGUUUAAUAUUGGUGACGUGCAAAUGUUGUGUAUAUAACUUAUUUGAAAAUCUUGAGACAUACUGUAAUAUCUGUUAUAUGUAUCAAUAUAUUUUUAUGUUGCACAAGUUUAACUGUGCCAUUUGGAUAAUUUUUGUUUGUGACAAAGAAUAGUUUUGCAUUGUGUUGUACAAAGUACAUUUUGAACUAAUUAAAAAAAGAGUAAUAUUUCUACUUUGUGUCAGAUUCUCUGUCUUGUGAUAGCAGAUGAUUGUUUGGAUUUUUCCUGGAAAUUUCAUAAAAUAAAGACCCUUACACCAGGA